GCCAUCUUCCUGGAGGAGGCGACCGGAGGCCAAGGCUCCCCCUCCCCGCGGUCGCCCCGCACGCUUACCGCCAGCUGUCCCCCCCGCCCGCCUCUUCUCCUCAGCAAUUACUUAGUUCCUUCUACAGAAACGCCCUUCCCCCACUCUAGUUACCCACAAGGCGAAGACUCAGAUUACCUGUUACACUCUUAUCAGCGUAAGGAAACCAAGCUCAUAAGAUUGACGAAACUUCACUGAAGAUGUCUAAGCAACAACCAGCUCAGUUUAUAAAUCCAGAAACUCCUGGCUAUGUUGGAUUUGCAAAUCUUCCCAAUCAAGUUCACCGAAAAUCAGUGAAAAAAGGUUUUGAGUUCACACUAAUGGUGGUCGGUGAAUCGGGUCUUGGAAAGUCGACUCUCAUCAACAGCCUGUUCCUGACCGAUCUCUACCCAGAAAGGAUCAUCCCCGGAGCCGCAGAGAAAAUUGAAAGAACUGUCCAAAUUGAGGCUUCGACUGUUGAGAUUGAAGAGCGAGGGGUCAAGCUGCGCCUGACAGUGGUGGACACGCCCGGCUACGGUGACGCCAUCAACUGUAGGGAUUGUUUUAAGACGAUUAUCUCCUACAUUGAUGAACAGUUUGAACGGUACCUGCAUGACGAAAGUGGUUUGAACCGACGGCACAUCAUUGACAACAGAGUGCACUGUUGCUUCUACUUUAUUUCUCCCUUUGGACACGGCCUUAAGCCCUUAGAUGUGGCAUUUAUGAAGGCGAUACACAAUAAGGUGAAUAUCGUCCCUGUCAUUGCAAAAGCCGACACCCUUACUCUGAAGGAACGGGAGCGCUUGAAGAAAAGGAUUCUGGAUGAAAUCGAAGAACAUAACAUCAAAAUCUAUCACUUGCCUGAUGCAGAAUCAGAUGAAGAUGAAGAUUUUAAAGAGCAGACUAGACUUCUCAAGGCCAGUAUCCCGUUCUCUGUGGUUGGAUCCAAUCAGUUGAUUGAAGCCAAAGGCAAGAAGGUCAGAGGCCGCCUCUAUCCAUGGGGCGUCGUGGAGGUGGAGAACCCAGAGCACAAUGACUUUCUGAAGCUGAGGACAAUGCUCAUCACUCACAUGCAGGAUCUCCAGGAGGUGACCCAGGACCUACACUAUGAAAACUUCCGCUCCGAGAGGCUCAAAAGAGGCGGCAGAAAAGUGGAAAAUGAGGACAUGAACAAAGACCAGAUCUUGCUGGAAAAGGAAGCUGAGCUUCGCCGCAUGCAGGAGAUGAUCGCAAGGAUGCAGGCACAGAUGCAGAUGCAGAUGCAGGGUGGGGACGGCGACAGUGGUGUUCACGGGCACCACGUGUAAGGAAAUACUUGGCGAGAUAAAACAUUCAGAUGAGCAACAGAGCUGCGUUUUCAGAUUGUUGAAGGGGGGCCUGUCAACGUCUUACAGUACCUGUGCCUAAGAAUUUAAUUUUUUUUUAACUUUUGAUGUGUUAUUUGUAUGAAGUACUUUUAACAUUUGUAUUUCAUUGCUAUGUUAGACUUUAUAUUUUGUGAGGUGAACUUUGCAUUUUCAUUUUUCUUCCACCUUUACUAACCACUAAUGUUAGAAUUGAUUUCCAGGGAUCAGUCAGCAUGUAUAGUUAAUACUGUGGGGUUUUUUAUUUGGCUGGCCUGAACAAUCCUUGAGGAGCACUCUUGACUGAUUUUUAGAACAUUCAGAUUUACCCAGAAGGUUCCCGAGUGGUGGAGACAGGGGCCUCAUGGCGCAGACCUGGUGCCGGGCCGUUUGCUUACCAAGCGGCACCGGGUGCAGAUUCUUCACUUCCUCGCUUCUGUUUGAGCUCAACACCUAAAACCAGUUUUGCUGCUAUAAUUCAAUAUUGUUAAUUCAUCUGCACAUUUAUCUGUUUACCAAAUGAAAUAGAAUAGGAUUAUCUAAUGAGAUACAUGUUUAUACUUAAAUAGCUUUUUGAAAAACAGGCCUUUGGGGGAGUGAGUUUUAAGAAGUCCCUGGAUUCUGCAGCUAGGUCACUUUUUAACCACCGUGCAGAGAGAUGGCCACAAGCUGCUCUUUGUAGCGCCCUCCACGGAUCCCAGCCCGCCUCUGCUUGGGAGAUCAGUGCAUCCACGAGCUCCAGUUUUCAUAUUGCAGCUGAGGUUCUUACCUACUCAAUAAACUGUUUUUACUCAACUAAAUUAAAAAGUAACUUUUUAAGGAAAAUUAACAAUCUAUUCAGAAACCAAGCUUUUUGUAUUUUUAUACUGCACUUUGACGUAUUUUCCUUUACUGCAGCUGUAGAUCUGCUUCAGCAGUGGGAAUCAGGGGCUUGGUGGGCGGGCCUCUGAACCGAGACCUGUGAUAGGCCUUGAGGCCUCAGUCCCGCAGCCCGAAAUGCCGACAGGUUUCCCCAGUUUGGCUUUCCUUCAGCUGUUUCUUUUUUGAAUGGUUUUCUGAAGGGAGGCAGAUAGCUGCGAUUCUUUUUUUUUAUGUGCAGACUGUCUCGUAUAUUUUCAGCCAUUGUCAUUUCCUUUAUUAUGUGUAAUACAAGUUUCUCCAUGUAUCGUGUAAGCAUGAAAGGCAUUUCAAAUCUGCACUGUGGGCUGGUUGACAGGUGCCACCAGUGGAAGCCGCACCUGGUCUGUUUUCUGUGCUCUCUGCCCUCGCCCUUCCCUCGUGUGUCUCCAUGUCUUGCACUCCAAGGGGCACUGAUGCUCCAGAGCUUGCUUUUUUCCAGCAUUUCUGCUGACGUUGGGGAAUUGGUCCCCAGAAAGUGACAGAUGAAAGGAGACCUGGAGGGAGCAAGGUGCUGGUUCAGUAUUUUCAUUUUGCUGUAACAGGAGGAGUUGAGAUGGAAAAAAUGCUUAUUAAUCCAAGAAUGAGGAGGGUUUUUUGUUUUGGCCAGACAAAAAAAUAAAAUGAGAGGGUAAAAAGACAUUAGUUACAAAGGUGUACUACAGAAAAGAAUCAGUGUUAUUGCUAACUUUGCCCCUUUGCUGUGGCGUCAUUGUGAAUGGUCAAAAGCUGGACGUUUAGGCACAUUGUGCAAAGUUUUUACCAAGAAAAAGUGUCCUGUUACUUUAGAGUACCUCCAUGCAGGGCCAAUUCUUUGGGUUGUUUUGGCAUUUAUUAACUAUGCUAGUAAAAGCUGUUGGGGGGGAGCAUUUGCAAGUGGUCAGCGUAAUCCCUGUGUGUUGUACGUUCGAGUGAGACUACUACUCAGGGCCAGCUGCCAACUAAUGAUGGUUAUGUGGGGGUGGGUGGACCUACACUAUUACAUUCUUAAAUCCCCUUUUGUUUGCUACCCAAAUCUAAAUACUUUUGCUAAUAAUUGCUCUUUUACUAAGAGAUAAUCUUUACCUAUAGAAAUUAUUUUGAAAACUUACUUUACACAGCAAUUUUGUAUCCAUGAAACUAACCUUUUAUCAAUAAAGCACUAUUGUUUAGAUA